GCGGAAGCCACGCGGAUUCUCUCAUCAUAUGUGUCAAUUUCUACUUUAUUUUCUUGUUAUCCGAAUUCUGAUUUUCCCUAAAAAGGUAUGGAGAAUUCCGAACACUCAGAUCGGAAGGAAAUCCGUAGGCCUAUGAAUGCCUUCCUAAUUUUUUGCAAGCGUCAUCGGAGUAUGGUGAGAGAAAAGAACCCACACUUGGACAACCGCAGUGUGACUCGCAUUUUGGGAGAGUUAUGGGCUAAUCUGAAUGACCAGGAGAAGACUGUGUACACAGAUCUAGCAAAACAGUACAAGGAAGCCUUCAUGAAAGCCAACCCUGAUUACAAGUGGCACAAUCCAGAGAAGAUUUGUUCAGUGGCAAUCAAGCCUAUUGUGGUCAAACCUCCAACACUAUUGAGAGGUGCCAAGAAUGUGUUGGACUCGCUGUCUUCAGAUGGCAUCGUCCCUGGAAAAUUGGCAGAUCCAUCCAACAUGGGAGGUCUAAAUCUGCUGUUGAUGGCGGGUGAGCAGUCACUCGCGCCCAAAUCGCAGAGUGGUGAGCAAGAUCCAGCCAUCGCUCCACAGACUGGUGAGCCUGACCGAUUACCCAUGUCAAGUGGUAUCCUUGCAUCGCCGGGUCCAUUUAUCACUUCACCAGGUCAACUCGUCACAUCAGCACGUCCAGCCUUUACAUCACCAGGUCAGGCUGUCACAUCACCAGGUCAACUCAUCACAUCAUCAGGUCAUGGUCAGAUGAAAGAAGAAUCAACAGCAUCACAAGAAAACACAGCACUGUUGGAACUAGCAGAGAUGUGCAGCACACAACUUGUGGAUUCUAGCAAGGUUGUGUCACUCCAAGGUGUAAAACUUGAAAGAGUACCCUCUACAGAAAAUACACAAGUACCAGUGUUGUCCAGCUCUUGUUCCCAGUCACCUAUGACAGGCUCCAGCAACCUGGUUCCUUCCCCAGUGAUCUCCAGUGCAACAACAAAUAGCAGCAAGUCCAGCGCGCACUGUCCAGCAUGCAAAACAUCGUCCAGAUCAGCCAAUCAGCUGCUGUACAGCCUGAUCGCUGAGAAGCCAGAAGUUUGCCUCCUGCCAAAGGAAAACAACAAUGAGGAGCAGAAAGAAAGCAGGCAUGUUCACGAGCCGGAUAAACCUGAUGGUAGCGACCAAGUCAUGAGCUGUGAUAAAGUUGUUGUGAACCACAUCAUAGACCAACUGUUUACGCGCGAUUCCUCAGCCCAAAUUGCCCAGAAACCGUUGGCGUGCGAGAUCAGCGAAAAGCGAAUGAGUCACUCUCAGGUGGAGGCAGUGGUCAAAGAGCGCCUCAAAGCCAUGAGUGCACCACAAAGCAUCGAGGAAUGCAUGACCAAAAUAAUCACUGAAGCAUACGCUACGCAAAUUCAAGGUGACCUUUGCAGGGACAAGCAACGAUGCGAGCAACCUGUUGUUAGUAAGUCUAACUCCGAAAAUUCGUUGAUGAGCCAAAUGCUGCGGACGGGCACAUACCGCACACCAGGGAAAGUGUCUCAGGAAAGUAAGGAGAGUGUAAUGAAGUCACCACCGUCUUUGCACACCAGUUCAGUCUCGGCAGUUGGAACGCGCUUUGUGAAACCAGAUCCAGUGGUCUGGGGAAAGUCGAUGGAAGCCAGGAUGAGGCUGCCCAAAAAACGGCCUUAUCCAGGUGACAUUGACUGCAGUGAUUCUUAUGUUAGUGAUGACGGGCAAAUAUCACCCAUGGUGUCGCCGAACCCCAGUACUGCGGAGUCUGUGCUCUCGCCGGUAUGCAGUGAUACGGCUUCCAGCACAAGUCCUAGAUACGACAACAUACAGUACUCGUCAACGCUUGACUGCUCAGGCAGCAACAAGUGGUCAGAGGUGCUAUCAAAAGACUAUGAUAAAAUGGAAUCAAAUAAUUCCAGAGCCACGAGGAAAUCCAAGCGCCGCAACAGAGGCCAGCGCUACAUGGAACUGAUCAACGAGGGAAUAAUUCAACCUUCGAAAGAGCGACUUGCUGCAAUACGAACCGAGUCUCUCUCCAGUGUGGAUGACAGUGAUGACGAGUGGAAGAUAGAAAUAGGUGAAGAAUCUUCGUGUCAGAAAUCAAGGGGAGAUAAUGACAGAAGUGACUCUGAGCACUCACGGUACAAGUCUGGUGAUUUUGACCUUGAGGCUCACAUAGCCACGCUCCCUCCAUGUUCUAUGGAUUCCUUAAGCAGGAAGAAACGUCGUCAUGCAUCCGGUGGGAAUCAGAAUAACAACAACAACAACAACAGCAGCAGCAGCAUUUGUGGGCACAAAUCCUCAUCUCAGUCAGAGGGUGGAGAUGUUGAGGUUAGCCUGACCCGUCCCCCGCAUGUUAAACUGACUGACAACGGUGUAGAGGAAACAGUCACAGGCAGUCGCAAACGGAAGGCUCGCAAACACAAAAUUACACAUUUAAUAGCGGUACAGCCAGGAUCGGCACCAGCAGCAGAAGUGGGGCCAAGAAAGACAGACAUAGUUGCUGAGGAACAGCCCCAACAACCAUGCCUCCAAAAUCAACCAUUUACUGCAAUAAAAGACGGACCAAGCAUCAAAUCUGAAAAGAGAAUAGAUUUUGAGGAUAACAUCAGCGUAGCCGUCAGGCUGAAAGAUGAAAAUGUUGCGGAGAAUGCGCUAGUGGAAAACAUUUCCUUGGACCCAGUUCCAGCAAAUUUUGGUCGCUCAGUAACAUUGCCGUUUCCACGGACAGCAACAUCCUACAAAAGUAACAUUGUGGUCAAAGAGUGUAAAAAGUUUGAUAUUUAUGAGUUUUCAGAAGACAGUGAAGAACUAGAGAGUUCGCCAUCAUUAGCUCACCAUGGUUACUCAGACAAACCUUUCGGUGUUAGUCCAAGGAAGGUCCAGCACCGAUUGGUUCCUAAACAAGUAGAGUAGACAUUCCGGGCUUAGGCCCCAUCUGACACAGCUUCCUGCUUGACAUUGGGGCCUCCAAAGAUCGUGUAUAGCCCUGUAAGCUAUCUGAGGGGGCUGGUGUGUGUUGUCUCACUGCUCAGUGUAAUCUCCCUCAGGUUUGGUACUUCAGUGUUAGCAGUGCACUCCUUUAUGGAUAAUCUUCAGUGUCAGCAGAAGCUUCUGUGUUGCUUUAUAAACUGUCAGUCAAACUGCUCGAGUGAUUGUGCCCGUCCCCGGGAGAAACUGCACGCAUCCUAAUCAUCAUGGCAGUAUUGUCCCGUGAAAGCAGCUGUUGAACUAUUUAUACAUGAAUCUGUCUGGUUGAAGAAUCUGUCAAUACAACUAUGUCCUGUUCCUGCUGGUUGAUCAAUUAUACAAUCCGAUCAACUGAAGAAGAAUCUGCGACUCCAUGUGUGUUUGGUUCCUGGUCAGCCAGUUAGGUGAAGCUGACUACAUGUAGUGGAAGAUUUUCUCUAAAGAAUCUGUGAAUGCAGACAUGUUUCGUUCCAGCUGGUUAAUUAGUUAUGUGAAUUUGGUCAUCCUCUUUCACGAAACGGACUGGUAGAAGAAUCUACGUCAAGCAGCAAUGUGUCUGGUAUUGACAGUUACGUCAAUCUGACUGGUUGGAGAAUCUGUCCUAGUUCACUACUUUCCCUGCAUAACCACUCUCAUGAACCUGACUGGUUGAAGGAUCCGUCAACCCAGCUGUUCCCUCAGAUAACCAGUUCUGUGACUUGGACUGGUUAAAGUAUCUCUGAAUCCAGUUCUGUGAGUCUGACUGGUUAAAGAAUUUUCUCUGAUUUAACUUGUGCUCUGUUCCUCUGCAACCAGUUCCACGAAUCUUGCUGUUUUCUUAACCAGCUUGUUGUGCAAAGAGUUGCUGUUAUUGUUGCAAUUUUUGAUUCCAUGGGAUCUUGUUGGCUUUGCCAAAAUGUUAGUAAAAAAAGUAAAGAUUCUGGUGUUUUCAUUGUGUGAAUCGAUUUUAUGAAUUCCCCCUGAUGUUAUCAGCAUGUGAUAAAACACACAGCCCAUGAAAUGUGACUGGUUUGCAUAAAUGUGUCUUGAGCAUAUUAAAAAUAUAGACAUUUAUCUAGAAUUUCAAUUGCCAUGGAAAUCAUUUUUCCUUGCAGAGUCAUAAUAAUGAAGAAAAUGCAUUUAUUAAAUGCAUCUCAUCUGUGUAUAAUAUAAUUUUUCUAAAUACAUGUACAUGUAAAAUUUUGUUAAAUGAUGUAUAUUAAAUUGAAAUAUAUUAUUAGGAAGUGCCGAUAUGAUGUCCUGAGUGAGAAAUACCAACUUGCCAAAGUCAUAAAACUGUUGAAUGUUGGCCAAUUCCUGGUGUAUGACAAUGAAUACACCUGUGAAUGUGGGAAGAAUAUGUUAAUUGAUACCUAUUAAUAUUUAUCAGAAUGAUUGUCUCUUGUUUGGUUGUUAUGUACAUGAUUGCUUAUAAAAAAUAAUU